AUGAUAAGCUGGACGAAGAUAUCACUUGCACUGGUGGCACAAUGUGUCACCGCUCAAUUCGUGCCUGCGCCAACUGACCUGAUCACAAAGAAGGGACAUGCAGGUGUUAAUGUGCGAUAUAAGGAGGUGCCUCCAGGAAUUUGUGAACUUGACCCCAAUGUCAAGAGUUACUCUGGAUAUGCUGAUGUUGGCGAAGACCAACAUAUCUUCUGGUGGUUCUUUGAGGCGAGAAAUGGAAACCCUAAAGAGGCGCCUCUUACGGUCUGGAUCAAUGGAGGACCAGGUUCAUCCUCAAUGAUCGGGUUAUUCCAAGAACUCGGCCCUUGUGGUGUUGAUCAUGAUGGCAACGUGUUCAACAACCCGUACUCUUGGAGUAACGUUAGCAACAUGCUCUUCGUCGACCAGCCUGCUACGGUUGGACUAUCAUAUUCAGUGCCCAUUCCUGCCUAUGAGGAUGAUGGUGGCAACAUUAUCCAAUUGCCCGAUGAGAACUGUCCCGACUAUGCUCAGCAAUACGGCACGUGCGGCACGUACUCAAAGCCAGAUAUUGCACUAGUGCCCAAUACAACCGCAAGCGCAGCUCCCAACAUGUGGAAGACAUUGCAAGGGUUCAUGGGGGCUUUCCCCCAGUACUCCCGAAACGGCUUCAACUUCGCUACAGAGAGUUAUGGAGGGCACUAUGGCCCCGUGUUCAACGAGUAUUUCAUUGAGCAGAACGCCAAAAAGAUUCACGGCGCGAAGCACAUCGAUCUUGAGAAUGUGCUUAUUGGAAAUGGCUGGUUCGAUCCGCUGAUCCAGUACCAGGCAUACUACAACUUCUCCGUGUUCCCGGGUAAUACAUACGAUUAUAAUCCGUAUAACGAAUCGGUGCAGGCAGAGUGGUACAACAAUCUCUACGGAGAAGGCAACUGUGUUGACCAAACUCGACAAUGUUAUGCUACAGGCCGAAACGACAUCUGUGCAGCCGCCGACAACUUCUGCGCAUCCAAAGUGGAAUCACUCUUUGACAUCUACUCUGGGCGGGAUGAGUACGAUGUGCGCGAGCUGACGCCCGACCCCUUCCCAUACUCCUUCUACGUCGACUAUCUCAACAGCCCAAAGGUCCAGGCCGCGAUAGGGGCAUACCAGAAUUUCUCGGAAUCCUCCGGUACUGUAGGCACCAGCUUUUCAAGCACUGGCGACGAUGACCGCGAAUCCAAUACCAUCGAGGACGUGAGAAAGCUGCUGGCUGCCGGAGUCCAGGUUGCCCUGUAUUUCGGAGAUGCGGAUUACAACUGCAACUGGCUUGGUGGACAGGUUGUGGCCGAGGAGAUCAAUGCCCGAGGAUACAAAGAUGCAGGCUUCGUAAACAUCACUACUUCAGACGGCGUCGUUCAUGGACAAGUCCGUCAGAGCGACCUGUUUAGCUUCACGCGGAUUUACGAGUCCGGCCAUGAGGUGCCUUUCUAUCAACCAUUGGCUUCGCUGGAGAUGUUCGAGAGAAUUCUCUCGAGAAAAGAUAUUGCGACUGGCAAGAAGCAUCUCAGACCACAUGGUGGCUAUCGGACUGUGGGAGCUCCCACAAGUGACUACCGAGAGGGCAAUGCUACGAUAGUCUUCGAGGUGCUUGACGGCGACGCGACUUACAACACAACACUCAAUGGGCCUAAUCCUUCUGCAUCCACAAGUUUGCGCAGACGUGCUGGAUUGAGAAAGCCUUAA